GAAGCACAUUCAUCGAGUAUUUUUCAUCGACCUACUACAUAUAACAACGUUACCAGAGUAUCACGAAAAUCCUCUGAUUUUAAACAGUCAUCAAUAAACAAGCCAAAAUUAUCCAAGGAAGAAAUAAAUCAAAUUGUUGAACGUUUAACAAAAUAUGAUGAAACUACAGGACCGCCAGGAUCAAAUCGAGCAAACAUUUAUUUAGGUCUUGGACGAUAUGAAUAUCCACAUUGA